GAAUGUCUCAUCGGCGAAAUGCGCAUGCGCGAUGCUCUUCCGCCCUGCUUUCGGUCUCCCCGGACUCCCCUUUCCGCCGCCAUCCCUCAUCGGAACCCGCAUUUCAUCAUGAGCUUCACUGUGGAAGAGAGGGGGAUCCCGAACUCCCUGAGCUAUCGGCUGUUCUUCAAAAAUUCCGAGGGGAAGUACAUCUCACCGUUCCACGACAUACCAAUAAAAGCCGAUGGCGGACAGAACCUCUUCCACAUGGUUGUCGAAGUACCAAGAUGGACAAACGCAAAGAUGGAGAUCGCCACCAAAGACCUUCUGAACCCGAUAAAACAAGACGUGAAGAAGGGCAAGCUGCGUUACGUGGCCAACGUUUUCCCCCAUAAAGGCUACAUCUGGAACUACGGAGCCAUUCCUCAGACGUGGGAAGAUCCAGGGCACAAAGAUAAAGACACCGGCUGCUGCGGGGACAACGACCCCAUUGACGUGUGUGAAAUUGGCUCAAAGGUGUGUUCCCGUGGAGACGUGAUCAAAGUGAAGGUGCUCGGCGUCCUGGCUAUGAUUGACGAGGGCGAGACCGACUGGAAAGUGAUUGCAAUCAACGCUGAUGACCCCGAAGCCGAUGAGCUCAACAACAUCAACGACGUGCAGCGACUGAAGCCUGGCUAUCUGGAGGCCACGGUCGACUGGUUCAAGAGGUACAAAGUGCCAGACGGGAAACCAGAGAACCAAUUUGCUUUCAAUGAGGAGUUCAAGGACAAGGACUUUGCCAUCGAGGUGAUCAAGAGCACUCACAACUUCUGGAAAGCUCUGAUUUGCCAGCAGACGGACGGUGGCGAGCUCAACUGCAAAAACACCAGCGUCUCGGCAGGCGACAGCCCCUUCUGCUGCACGGUGGAAGAGGCCGCGGGCGCUGUUGGUGCUACAUGCCCGUGUGGAAAAGAGGAGCCUAUUUCAUCAUCAGUAGAUAAAUGGUUCUACUAUGAGAAGAAGUAACCCGCUGGCUGCUUGGAUGGACGCAGAGUGGAUGCUUCAUCCGUUGUAGGCACACUUGAAGAUGACAAUGGCAAAUAGCGCAGGAACAGUGGGACGGGUGGGACAUGGUAGGUUUGCUGUCAUGAGGAAUAUAGUGGGUAGAUGUGACGCAGAAAAGGAAAAUAAGAAUACUGACAUCUUGAGCGAUUUAAUUGUUUUCCGUUAUUUAUCAAAGCUGACACAGGUACGACGCCUAUUACAGUAUGUGUGCCGUGUAAGAUACACUGAACUGCUUUAAUAAAGCUUCUCUGGCUAAAUUA